CUCCGUUUCAGUACUACACUCAUCGUUCACGUAUCCCCGACACUCCAAAUUUCGGUUCACGAUCUUUGAAAAUUUUCCGGCGAUUCUUGCGAUUCCAUCGCGACAACAAUGGCGGCAGAGGCUGAGACGUUCGCGUUCCAGGCGGAAAUCAACCAGCUGCUUAGUUUGAUCAUCAAUACCUUCUACAGCAACAAGGAGAUCUUCCUCCGGGAGCUUAUCAGCAAUUCCUCCGACGCUCUGGAUAAGAUUAGGUUCGAGAGUUUGACGGACAAGUCCAAGCUCGAUGGACAGCCGGAGUUCUUCAUCCGCCUUAUCCCGGACAAGUCCAGCAAUACCCUGACCAUCGUCGACAGUGGCGUCGGCAUGACUAAGGCUGAUUUGGUGAACAAUUUGGGUACAAUUGCGAGGUCUGGAACCAAGGAGUUCAUGGAAGCAUUGCAGGCUGGUGCUGAUGUGAGCAUGAUUGGCCAAUUCGGUGUUGGGUUCUACUCUGCUUACCUUGUCUCUGAGAAGGUCAUUGUGACCACGAAGCAUAACGAUGACGAGCAGUAUGUGUGGGAGUCACAGGCUGGUGGUUCCUUCACCGUUACAAGGGACACUUCUGGCGAGCAACUUGGCAGAGGCACCAAGAUGGUCCUCCACCUCAAGGAAGACCAGCUGGAAUAUCUCGAAGAGAGGAGGAUCAAGGAUCUUGUGAAGAAGCACUCUGAGUUCAUCAGCUACCCGAUCUACCUCUGGACUGAGAAGACUACCGAGAAGGAAAUCAGUGAUGACGAAGAUGAGGAGGAGCCCAAAAAGGAAGGCGAGGUUGAGGAAGUUGAUGAAGAGAAAGAGACCGAGUCCAAGAAGAAGAAGAAGAUCAAGGAAGUCUCUCACGAGUGGGAACUGAUCAACAAGCAGAAACCCAUCUGGCUGAGGAAGCCUGAGGAGAUCACCAAGGAAGAGUAUGCCUCGUUCUACAAGAGCAUCACAAACGACUGGGAGGACCAUCUUGCCGUGAAGCACUUCUCUGUUGAGGGCCAGCUCGAGUUCAAGGCCAUCCUCUUUGUCCCCAAGCGUGCCCCAUUCGACCUCUUUGACACCCGCAAGAAGGCCAACAACAUCAAGCUUUAUGUCAGGCGUGUCUUCAUCAUGGACAACUGCGAGGAGCUCAUCCCUGAGUUCCUUGGCUUUGUCAAGGGUGUUGUUGACUCCGACGAUCUCCCCCUCAACAUCUCCCGUGAAAUGCUUCAGCAGAACAAGAUCCUGAAGGUCAUCAGGAAGAAUCUGGUCAAGAAGUGCAUUGAGAUGUUCAAUGAGAUCGCUGAGAACAAGGAGGACUACAACAAGUUCUACGAGGCCUUCUCCAAGAACUUGAAGCUUGGCAUCCACGAGGACACCCAGAACAGAGCCAAGUUGGCUGACUUGCUGAGGUACCAUUCCACCAAGAGCGGUGAAGAGCUUACCAGCUUGAAGGACUAUGUGACCCGCAUGAAGGAGGGGCAGAAGGAUAUCUUCUACAUCACGGGAGAGAGCAAGAAGGCUGUCGAGAACUCUCCCUUCCUCGAGCGCCUCAAGAAGAGAGGGUAUGAAGUCCUCUUCAUGGUCGAUGCAAUCGAUGAGUAUGCCGUCGGGCAGCUCAAGGAGUACGACGGGAAGAAGCUGGUCUCCGCCACCAAGGAAGGGCUGAACCUCGACGACGAGACCGAGGAAGAGAAGAAGAAGAAGGAAGAGAAGAAGCAAUCGUUCCAGGAUCUCUGCAAGACCAUCAAGGACAUCCUCGGCGACAAGGUCGAGAAGGUGAUCGUCUCCGACCGCAUCGUCGACUCCCCCUGCUGCCUCGUCACCGGAGAAUACGGGUGGUCCGCCAACAUGGAGAGGAUCAUGAAGGCGCAGGCUUUGAGGGACAGCAGCAUGGGUUCCUACAUGUCGAGCAAAAAGACCAUGGAGAUCAAUCCAGACAACGGAAUCAUGGAGGAGCUGAGGAAGAGGGCCGAGACCGACAAGAACGACAAGUCUGUGAAGGAUCUUGUCCUGCUCCUGUUCGACACAGCCCUGCUCAACUCCGGCUUCAGCCUCGAGGACCCCAACACCUUCGCCAGCAGGAUUCACAGGAUGCUGAAGCUGGGUCUCAGCAUCGACGAGGAUGAUGCCGCCGGUGCUGAUGAUGCUGAGAUGCCGCCGCUGGAAGAUGAUGCCAACGAGGAGAGCAAGAUGGAAGAGGUCGACUAAGGCUUUUGUUUAUGGAGAGGGAUGAAGAUGACGAACGAUAUUAGUAGUUGUAUGUUCUCUGCUAUGUUUCUUCCAGUUCUAGUUUUAGUCUUUUCUGAUUUCUAUUUGGUGGUACUGGCUGAGAUCUUUGCGUCUCCGCCUGGUUUUGGAUAUUUUGUUCAGCUGUGUUCUUGGUAUAUUAUCAGGGAAUCGGACAAUUAUAUAAUUCGGAAUUUGUUGUGAUUCUGGGUUUUCGGCAAAAUCCGAGGAAGUUCGUGCCAUAUCUCAUUGCAGGGCGAAAGUUCAGGCCUAGGGCUCCUGCCUAUCUCUUGCAGUGGUGGGCCUAGAGGCUCUGGGCCUGAUCUGCUGGGUUCAUAUGAGAUGGGCUUCCUCCUUGCAAUUGCAUACCAAUCGUGUUUUCCUAUCAGAAGCAAUGGAAUCGAACUCUACUGAAACGGAAAAUACACCACCGAAAACCACCAUGAUUUGCCACUCUUGAUAUUGAAUGUCAAUAGGGUUUAUACUUUAUAGGACAUAACAAGGUCUUAGUCUAGUCCACUCUACAUAUAGCUAAAGGAAGAUAUCAUCCGAAAUAUCGUAACAUAGGAUUGGAUGAAUUUUUACAUUGAACGAAAGGUUUUCACAAACACUACUUGUGAAAUUAAGUCUCACGCUUGUAAAGAUAAUUUGUAUCUAGUGUUUAGAAAUGUGUUGUCUGUAAACACUACUUGUGAAAUUAAGUCUCACGUUUGUA